CCCUUCCGGAGCGGGUGCGGUUGGUAUAUAAGGCGAGGAGACCGAGGUCCGGGUUCAGUUCUGGGCGUUAGCAUCGUCCUCACGCGCCGCCUCGCCCCGCCCGGUCCCCAAGAUUUGACGUUCUACACUGAAGUCAUCAUGGGUUUUUUCCAACUCCUGAUGAAAAAGAAGGAACUUAUUCCUUUGGUGGUUUUCACGACACUGGCAGCGGGUGGAGCUUCGUCUUUUGCUCUUUAUUCUCUUAAGAAAACCGAUGUGAUCAUUGAUCGAAAAAGAAACCCAGAACCUUGGGAAACUGUGGAUCCUACCGUACCUCGAAAGCUUAUAACCAUCAACCAAGAAUGGAAGCCCAUUGAAGAGUUGCAGGAGGUCCGAAGUGCGACCAGAUGACCAGUCCUCGCCUUUUCCUUCCACUCUAUGAAUCUAGUGGAAACACUUCUGCACAAACUAGAUUAUGGAUACCAGUGUGCGGAAAUGCUUCUGCUACAUUUUUAGGGCUUGCCUACGUUUUCGGACUCUGGAAGAGGAAUUAUAAAGGUAGUGCAACAAUAACCACAUCGUCCAAAACUAAGCUCCGUGUUUAUUUUCUUGUUGUAAAUUUGAGUUUUGCAUAGUGAAAUGUUUGUGUUUAUGAUGCCUGUUUUCCUUAAGAGGUGUAAAAUUUUGUGAAUUUAAUUGUCUGCAAUAAAAUACCAUUUGAGCAAGA